AUGUCCUCCAGUCGAAGACCGGCUCAGCCGGUCAUUGACCGGGGCGUGUUCCCCAGUCAAUGGCCGUCUCAGCCGGUCAUUGACGGGGGUCUGUUGCCCAGGCGAUUGCCGCCGGAACUGGGCAUCGACCUCCGGUCAUCGACUGGGUCGAUGACCAGACUGGCCGAGCGGUCAGCAGUUGCAUCGCAUGGCGAGCAGGCGAUGGAAUACAUCGCCUGCUCGCCAUGCGAGUUUGGAUCGCCGGGGGCACAUGCGAUGUUACAUUGCCUGGCCUUCACUCGCCCUUCCGAUUUAACUUCGCUGUCGGGCAAGGUUGAAUCGCUUGAGGGCGAAGUACAAUUGCCUCUGGGCGAUGUCACAUCGCCCCCGGGCGAGUUUACUUCGCCCCUGGGCGAUUGA